GGGAAGGUAAAGCGGUGACGGCGGCCGCGGGAGUGGAGGCUUCCCCACUAGAGGUGGGGGGAAUCGGCAGGAUAUUCUACAUUUGAGAAGAACCAGACUUUACGUGGCAUUUUCUGUUUUGAAGGACCUCACCAUUGAACAAAUGUAUGGAAGUUCCUUGCCAAGCAUUCUUCAUUGGGACAUUUUUUUCCUGCUUACCGAAUAACUUUUUCAAAAGUUCCUUUUUUGGUGCCAUGUUCUGUGGCUUACAUCAAAAGAGGAGUUUGUCUUCAUGAAGAUUCCUAACAUUGGUAAUGUGAUGAAUAAAUUUGAGAUCCUUGGGGUUGUAGGUGAAGGAGCCUAUGGAGUUGUACUUAAAUGCAGACACAAGGAAACACAUGAAAUUGUGGCAAUCAAGAAAUUCAAGGACAGUGAAGAAAAUGAAGAAGUCAAGGAAACGACUUUACGAGAGCUUAAAAUGCUUCGCACUCUCAAGCAGGAAAACAUUGUGGAGCUGAAGGAAGCCUUUCGCCGGAGAGGGAAACUGUACCUGGUGUUUGAGUAUGUUGAGAAAAAUAUGCUUGAGUUGCUGGAAGAAAUGCCAAAUGGAGUUCCACCUGAAAAAGUGAAAAGCUAUAUCUACCAACUAAUCAAAGCUAUUCACUGGUGCCACAAGAAUGACAUUGUCCAUAGAGAUAUAAAGCCUGAAAAUCUCUUAAUCAGCCACAAUGAUGUCCUGAAACUAUGCGACUUCGGUUUUGCUCGGAAUCUCUCCGAAGGCAAUAAUGCGAAUUACACAGAGUAUGUGGCUACAAGGUGGUACCGGUCACCAGAGCUAUUACUUGGAGCUCCCUAUGGAAAAUCUGUGGACAUGUGGUCAGUGGGCUGUAUUCUUGGGGAGCUUAGUGAUGGACAGCCCUUAUUUCCUGGAGAAAGUGAAAUUGACCAACUCUUUACUAUUCAGAAGGUGCUAGGACCACUUCCAUCUGAGCAGAUGAAGCUCUUCUAUAGUAAUCCUCGUUUCCAUGGGCUCCGGUUUCCGGCUGUUAACCAUCCUCAGUCAUUAGAGAGAAGAUACCUUGGAAUUUUAAAUAGUGUUUUACUUGACCUUAUGAAGAAUUUACUGAAGUUGGACCCAGCUGACAGAUACUUGACAGAACAGUGUUUGAAUCACCCUACAUUUCAAAGCCAGAGACUUUUGGAUCGGUCUCCUUCAAGGUCAACGAAAAGGAAACCUUAUCAUGUGGAAAGCAGCACACUGUCUAAUAGAAGCCAGUCCAGCAAGGGUGCCGCUUUACAGACUCACCACAGAUCCAACAGCAAGGACAUUCAGAACCUAAGUGUGGGUCUGCCCCGGGCUGAUGAAGGCCUUCCUGCAAAUGAAAGCUUCCUGAAUGGAAACCUUGCUGGAGCUACUCUCAGUCCGAUGCACACCAAAACCUACCAAGCAAGCACCCAGUCUGGGUCUUCCAGCAAAGAUCUCACAAACAACAACAUACCACACCUUCUCAGCCCAAAAGAAGCCAAGUCCAAAACAGAGUUUGACUUCAAUAUUGACCCAAAGCCUUCAGAAGGUCCAGGCACCAAGUACCUCAAGUCUAGCAGCAGAUCUCAGCAGAACAGGCACUCGUUCAUGGAAAGCUCCCAGAGCAAAGCUGGGACGCUGCAGCCUAGUGAGAAGCAGAGUCGGCACAGCUAUAUCGACACCAUUCCCCAGUCCUCCAGGAGUCCAUCCUACAGGACGAAGGCCAAAAGCCAUGGGGCGUUGAGUGACUCCAAGUCUGUGAGCAACCUUUCAGAAGCCAGAGCCCAAAUCACGGAGACCAAUACCAGUAGAUACUUCCCAUCCAGUUGCUUGGACUUGAACUCUCCCACCAGCCCAACCCCCACCAGGCACAGUGACACAAGAACUUUACUCAGCCCUUCAGGUAGAAAUAACCGAAACGAGGGCACACUGGACUCACGCCGAACUACCACCAGACACUCAAAAACCAUGGAAGAGUUGAAGCUGCCUGAACACAUGGACAGCAGCCAUUCACAUUCGCUGUCUGCACCUCAUGAAUCAUUUUCUUAUGGGCUAGGCUACACCAGCCCCUUCUCCUCUCAGCAACGUCCACACAGGCAUUCCAUGUAUGUGACCCGGGACAAAGUGAGAGCUAAAGGCCUUGAUGGAAGCUUGAGCAUAGGGCAAGGGAUGGCGGCCAGAGCAAACAGCUUGCAGCUCUUAUCACCCCAGCCUGGAGAACAGCUCCCUCCAGAGAUGACUGUGGCAAGACCUUCUGUUAAAGAGUCCUCCAGAGAAGGCACCUCUUCAUUCCACACCCGUCAGAAGUCUGAGGCUGGAGUGUACCAUGACCCACACUCUGACGAUGGCACGGCUCCCAAAGAAAAUCGGCAUCUGUACAAUGAUCCUGUCCCACGGAGAGUUGGUAGCUUUUAUAGAGUGCCAUCUCCACGACCAGACAAUUCUUUCCAUGAAAAUAAUGUAUCUACCCGGGUUUCUUCUCUGCCAUCUGAUAGCAGUUCUGGUACCAAUCAUUCAAAAAGACAACCAGGAUUCGAUCCAUGGAAAAGCCCUGAAAAUAUUAGUCAUUCUGAUCAACUCAAAGAAAAGGAGAAGCAAGGUUUUUUCAGGUCAAUGAAAAAGAAAAAGAAGAAAUCUCAAACAACAGACUCUACCAACGGGGAGAAUCCAAGCAUCAAGAAAUCCCUCUUUCCUCUUUUUAAUUCAAAGAAUCAUUUAAAGCAUAGUUCUUCUUUGAAAAAGCUUCCUGUAGUCACUCCACCCAUGGUACCCAAUACUGAUGGUCCCGACCUUCUGACUUUACAGAAAGCCAUUCAUUCUUCUAGCACUGCAAGCAGCAGACCAAAGGAGUGGCGACCUGAGAAGCUCUCAGAUCUACAGACCCAGAGCCAACCACUAAAAUCCCUUCGCAAGCUGUUGCAUCUCUCUUCAUCCACCAAUCACCCGGCUUCUUCAGAUCCUCGUUUCCAGCCCUUAACAGCUCAACAAACCAAAAAUUCCUUCUCAGAAAUUCGGAUUCACCCCCUGAGCCAGGCUUCUGGUGGGAGCAGCAACAUCCGGCAGGAGCCUACACCAAAGGGCAGGCCAGCCCUUCAGCUGCCAGGUCAGAUGGAUCCUGGAUGGCACGUGUCCUCUGUGACCAGGAGUGCCACAGAGGGGCCUUCCUAUUCUGAACAGCUGGGUGCCAAGAGUGGGCCAAACGGGCACCCUUAUAACAGAACAAAUCGCUCACGAAUGCCAAAUCUGAAUGAUUUAAAAGAGACAGCCUUGUAAUUUAUGCUGGCAUG